CACACAUUUUUUUAGCACAAUAUAUACCUGGCAUAUUUCCCAUACCCCCAUAGGCCUAGCAUAUAUCCUCAGAUCCCCUCCCGGCCGACCAGCCCUUACCACGCACUCGUUCUUCCUCCUCCAUCACAUCCUACCUAGCUGCCGCUAUGAAGCUAGCAGCUGCCUUCACCUCGAUGGAGAGGAAGGCCAAGCCGGCGAGUGGCGGAGAGAGGACCAGGGCAAGCCGCGGCACGGCGGUACUGGUGGAGAAGAAGAGGUCGGAGAGGGAGAGGAGGCAGCGCAUGAAGGCGCUCUGCGAGAAGCUCGCGUCCCUCAUCCCAAAAGAACACUUCCCCCACGCUACUGGAGAUGUGGCGGCAUCAUACAUUAAGAAGCUCAAGGAACGGGUCGAUGAGCUACCACACAAGAAAACCUCUGCACAAGCCAUGACUACCUUACUGGGAGUAAGUGGCAUCUCGACGCCCACUAUCACCGCUACCAUGAGCAGGGGUGCAGGGUCACCAAAAGGAGGGGAAAAUUUGGAGUCAUCGCCACUGGUAGCGGAAGUGCGGCAAUCUGACAUUGCAAGCAUGGAGGUGAGGCUGAUAUGCAGCACGGAGAGGCCUAUCAAGCUCCAUGAGGUGAUCACCAUCCUUGAGGAAGAAGGGGCCAUCAUCAUCAACGCUAAUCACUCUGUUGCCGCCCACAGAAUAUUCUGCACUAUACACUUCCGGGGACGUACAUACGUUGCAAAAACGUAAUGUGCACACUGAGUCCUAGAAUUCAGG